AAUUAAAAUUACCGAGGUAAAUCGUAGAAUCUUCUGUUUCCCCCAAAACUCUCCAAAGUUAAUUUCUCCAAAAUAUUUCAUUUUUCGAGUGGUUAAAUUCAGUAAUUAUGCAACUCAUCACUUGAUUACAAUCUUUGCAAUAUCUAUAGUUUCUUGAAGAAAGUUUGUUAAUUAUUGAAUUUCACCAAUCCCCUAGAGAACGAUAAUUUUACUUACACUUUAUUACUUGUACGACACUGUGCACUUGCAGUUUUGUCGCCACCACCAUGCCCUAAUAGUCCCUACCACACUGUGAAGCAAUAUCAGGACCAGGAUUUCAUUAUCAAGUUUAUGCAAGGUUUAAACGAUGUCUAUCAAUCUGCUCGCACACAAGUGCUCAUGAACUCUCAAUUGCGAAGUAUUGAAGCUGUAUUUAAGCAAAUGGUACAGCUUGAGAGGCAGAUGAAAGGUCUUAAUUAUGCCAAGUUUGGAGUGAACUCACUUGCUUUGCUAGCUCAUGGUGGUUCUCAGUGUAAACAAGGAUCACCACAAGGCAAGAAUCCUCGUGAUUAUACUCCAGAGGGCAGAAAAUGGUGGAAAUAUUGCAAGAAGGAAAACCACACCAUCCAAGACUGUUUCAGGCUUAAGAACAAGAAGGCUAGGGAAGGGUCUGAUGGAGCACCCUUUGCUAGAGUUGUUGAGACCACAUGGAGUAAAAAUGAGGGAACUGGUAAUUCUUCACGAGCAUCCACAGACAGUUUGGCCAACCUCCUUACUCCAGACCAAUUUGAGAGACUCAAAGCUAUGUUUUCUGGUUCACCUUCACCAUCUCCUUCACCUCCCACUUCCCCUCAUGUGCCUUGAGCUAAUGCUGUCGUGUGAGCACCAGCACCUCAGCCUUCUCACUUCACUGCCAGCACAUCAAGUACUCACUCUUCUGCUAGCUUACAUGCUACAGUCUGGAUUCUCGACUCUGGUGCUACAGAUCAUAUUAUCACCAACACCUCAUCAUGUCAAUGCUACUCAUAUAGGAAUCGUGCGUUUGCCUUGUGGACUCUUCCUCACCCAAGUUCUCUUUGUUCCAGCCUUUACUUACAAUCUUGUUUCUGUAAGUAGACUUACCAAAAAUCACCUAGUCUCAUUGGUUUUCCAAUCCAAUUUUUGUCUAACUCAGGACCUUAUUACUUGGAAGAGGAUUGGUUUAGCCCAGGUGGAUAAAGGUCUAUACAUGUUCUCUAAUUCUCCAUCUCAGCAGUUUGCCUCUUCUGACUCCCAUCAAUCCUUUGCAGUAGGAGUUCAUCAUUCUUCCCCUCAAGACUCAGAACUCUGUUUUGCUUCGUUGUACAGUCUUAGUAUAUAAUGGAAAUGCAGAAAACCAGAAGGCUAUUUUCUUCUCGCCCGAAAAGGAGGCAACAAAUGGAUCCCAGAACUCUGCUUGAUCAUGCUCUUUUCCAGCUCACUCCAACAAGAACCAGGUACAUUAUUGUUCCUCGGAAUCCAAUCCCCACGCUUUUACGGUUAUUUUCUCAUCUGGGUAGUUACAAAUUUCUUUAUGUGAGAUGCCUGGUUAAUUUCUUGUUUUGGUGGGAUAAGGUAUAAGAGGAGGAUGUUUGUCGGAGGAGAUAAAAAUUAGGGUUUUUUAAUUUUUAAUAGUUGUAAAAAUGAGGUGGAAAUUGUAAAAUGAUUAAAUAUUAUUUUUUCAUAAUUUUUUAAUUGUCACGUCAUAUAUUUAACGGUCAACUAUGAGAGUUGACUGCCACAUCAUCUAAAGUUAACUAAGUUUGACGGAAACUGACCAAAUGUGAAUUGUUUUAAUAAAUCUAGUGACUAUGAAUGGAUUUAAAUAUCUCGAGUGAUUAAACAUGAACGUUUUUCGUAAUCUCAGUGACCAAUCAUGCAAUUAACCCUCCGAUUUUUGUAGUGGUAUUAAGGCAAAAGAAAAAUUCAUGAGAUGUAAUUGUACCAGCACACUGGGUUGUGUUUGGAUUGGCACAGUAUGGGUAUACUUCAGGCAUGUUUUCCUCAUCCUGCACUUGACAAAUGACAAAGCCUGUCACUUUUCAUUUUAUGUCAAGUCAGCCACAUUUAGGGGUGUUCAAAUGGUUACCAUGGCUAUUACCAAACCAAAUAAAGCUAAAUUUCAUUAACCAUGGAAUACAAUAUCAUAACCAAACCGUCCAAACUAAUACAACAACCAAAUUAACCAAACUAAAGUUUAAUCGGUUUGGUUAACCAGAUUAACCAAUAUAAAAUCACAUUAUCAUU